UCACGAAUGCGAGACGGUCGCCUCCCCCGACAAGCCAACGCCAAACCAAAGCCCACGCGAACGCAACACCGCUCUCUCUGUCUCUCUCUCUCUCCUCUCGCGCGCGCGACGACAACGAGAAGCCGCGGCGCUGUCGGGUACCCCGCCGCUUCUGCUCGCCGGAGAUGGAGGCCUCUGGGAGCUGGGACGCCAUCGACUGGAACCAAAUCGAGGAUCCGAGGUCGCGGAGGUCUUCGCAGGGAAUGGAGGAGUUCCUGCUCGAGGACGAGGAGGUUUAUGCCCAGGGCCAUGGUGUUGUUCUACUAAACACAGAUGAGGCCGGCAUUGUUUCAGUGACAAAUUUCCGUCUUCUCUUUGUGAGCCAGGCAACAAAAAGCAUAAUAGAGUUAGGUACCAUACCCCUUAGUACAAUUGAGAAGUUAAAUGAUGAUGUAAAGCUUCAAUCCCUACCACGCCAGUAUGAUAAGAAGCAGCCUCGUGAACUUCUUCAAGUCAUUGGUAAAGACAUGAGAGUUAUUGUGUUCGCUUUUCGUCCUAGAACCAAGCAGAAAAAUGAAGUGUUUGACGCUUUGAGAAGAUAUACUAAACCUUCUCAGCUGUGGGAGCUAUAUGCAUUUUCUUGUGACCCAUCCACUGUUGAUAAGAAAUCCGAUCCAAAGAUGCGUCUCAUGAAGGAAUACCAUCGUCUUCUUAGCGAAGGCAGUGAGUUUGAAGUUGAAAAAUAUUAUUUCCGUAACAAUUGGAGACUAACCACAGUUAAUUCGAGCUAUUCAUUGUGUUCAACAUACCCCUCUCAGUUGAUUGUUCCUAAGAGCAUAAGUGAUGAAGAUUUGUGGCAAGCUUCUACUUUCCGAGCCGGCAGACGCUUGCCUAUUAUUUCGUGGUGUAACCCUGUUUCUGGAGCUGUCUUGGCAAGGUCGUCUCAGCCGCUGGUGGGAUUAAUGAUGAACUUUAGAAACAAUGCUGACGAGAAGCUUGUUUCUGCUCUCUGCACCCAAAAUGUUGAUGCGAAUUUGCCUCCAAGGAAAUUAUACAUAGUUGAUGCCCGGCCAAGAGCAAAUGCUUUAGCAAAUGGGGCAAAGGGUGGUGGCUCAGAGUCAUCUUCUAAUUAUCCAAAAUCUGAGGUUCUUUUCUUAGGAAUACAAAACAUCCACACAAUGAGAGAUAGUCUUUCUCGCCUUAGGGAUUAUGUGGAUGCCCAUGGGUCAAUAUCAUCAAACGGUUCCUCUUCAGCUGUAUCCCUCGUCGGAGACCGGAGAAAUCGUGGAUCAACCUGGGGUGGAGGCAGUCUUAAUAGCAUGACACAGUUUUCUUCGAUGUUAGGGGAAUGGCUAAAUCAUAUCCAGAACAUCCUAGUUGGUGCUUCAUGGAUUGCUGCACAAAUUGCCCAGGAAUCAGCUUCAGUUCUUGUCCAUUGCAGUGAUGGUUGGGACCGCACAACCCAGUUGAUUGCACUUGCUUGUUUGUUGCUUGACCCCUAUUAUAGAACGUUCGAUGGGUUCCAGGCCCUUGUGGAAAAGGAUUGGCUAGCUUUUGGUCACCCGUUUGCAGAGCGAUUGGGAAUUCCAACAGUGUCCGAGAAUGGGGGAUCACAGUAUGAGCUACUAAGGCAACCAUCUGUUGGGAAUUUAACCAGUUCGCCGAGCAGAGGUUCUUUAGGAACACCAGGGUCAUCCUCUAAUACAUCAGUUCAAUCCCAGACAUCAAACAACAGUUCACCCAUACUGUUACAGUGGCUUGAUUGUAUUGCUCAGUUGUUACGUCUAUACCCAGCUGCAUUUCAGUUUUCAUCUAAAUUCCUAGUUGACUUUAUGGAUUGUGUGCUAUCAUGUCGCUUUGGGAACUUCCUAUGCAAUAGCGAGCGGGAAAGAGAGCAAUCUGGGAUUACAAGCUCUUGCCAUUGCAUGUGGACGUACUUGGCUGAUCUCCGGGCUUCUGGUGGUAGCUUCCAUGAGCACAUUAAUCCAUUUUAUGACCGAGAGAGGUAUUGGCUCCCCCUUGUACCCCCUGCUGCAGCACUUGCUCCAACUCUAUGGCCUCAGUUUUAUUUGAGAUGGACAUGUCCCCCUGAAUCACAAGGUGGCGGUCUUGAAUCCCAUGGGCAUUCCAUGCGUAAAAAAUACGAGGCCUCAGUCAAGUCAAAGGAGAUGGCUGAAUCAAGAUCAAGGGAUAUUAAAAUGAAGAUGGAGUCUAUGCUGACAGACUUGCAGAGGGAGAGGCGUGCAAGUAGUUCAGCCUUAGCCAUGGCUCAAAGGGCUCGAAGGGAGAACGUCGCCAUUAAAAGGGCAAUCCAAACUAUAGGGUGCACUGUUAAUUUCUCGACGAACGAAAAUCAAGUGGACAAGUCCGAGGAGAUGUCAUAUUCAUUUCGAAGAGAAGCUGACACUGUAUCCCAGCAAGAUGAUAAUGCUGACCUGUCUGUAUCCAUCUCUGCGAUUGAGGACAGUUUGGUAUCAGAGACACCAAGCAACCAAGUUUGCGAAUCGCUCUGCCCCUUCCGCAGCAGAGAGGGGUGCAGAUGGCCACAUGCUGCUUGUGCGCAGCUAGGAAGCCAGUUUGUUGGUUUAAAGGCAAAUUUUGAUGCUUUUGACCGGCUAUCUGUAAAAGAUUGCUAUUUUCCUAAAGAAUAGGUGAGACCAUGAGCUCAAGGCCGUUCUAGGUGCACUUUGACAGCUGCCGGUAGAUUUUUUUUCCCCGCGGUGGCGCCUCUCAGUUUGCAUUGACAGCAGAAGAUAUGCGCUGGGAGCAAAUGAAGAUUUAAUUAUUUUGAGUUGAAGCUCACGUCUGACUCGCAAGUUCCUCAGAAGAUAUGCGCUGGGCAGUUGUCAUUCUAGAUUAGGGGUUAGCGAUUCGUUAAGACCCACUGGGGACUGAAAGGGCAGUCCUUUGUGUUGUAUAUAGUUUAAAGCAAAGUAAUGCCAGAUGUGAGAGGUGGUUUUUCCACCUUUUGUUUUCGUUAAAAAAAAUCAUCUGAUUGCUUGGGAAUAAGAGCUAAUGUACAUCCUGCUCUGGUGAAUAAAAUGCCAUCUGUCAAAAACAUGUACAUGUGGGUUAUCACAUUCUUUUCAUUGUCA